ACAUGACCAUUGUUUUUCUCUCGACUGAAGUCGUCAUGUCACUCUGGACAUGAAGUGUCCCGUUGAAUGACACGGUGUAUUUCUAAACCCUCUUCUACUCCCUGUUUAUGUCAAAGACAGAUGGCGACCUGAUGAGACGGUUAAAAUAUUCCAGGCUUUCGUGAAACGACGACACACUACACUGGUUAAUGAAAAGGGAGAGCAUAGACCUAAUAUUUCUUUGGAGGGAAUAAACUCGUAUGAGCCGAGAGAAUGAGUCAUAGGUGGACUCAAAAUACCUGGCUGAAAGUAAGCAGAGCAGUUCUUCUGUGGCAAAGACAUGCUCGCAAGUCAGCAGUAUCACUCCCAUUGUCUGGUACCUCUCACCGCAGGAUUCAUGUGCAACAGCCUGUGUGCCACAGGGCUGGCUGUCUCCUGUGGAUGUGCAUCCACCACCCGAGGAACAGGUGUCGCAAAGGAUGGCUCUUUAAGGCUCACCAGGUUAGGCAAAGUCUCGGACUCCACACCAGCAGCCUGUAUUUAAAAACUUCAGCCUCGCGUUGGUCUGCCGGUCUGAACCAACACAUGUCGCGGGUCAGGAACACGCUGGACACAGUUUCCAAAGCCAUGAGUGGGACACACACAGAACUUCUCUCUAAAAUUUCCAGACUAAAACCUAAUUCUUUAAAGGCGUUGAACAAGACUGAGGUUAGUGUUGAGUCUAUGCCUAAAGCUGAGGAGAGUGCAGUCACAAGUACUCCUGCUCCCACCAAUGCUGCUCCUCUGUCUACAUCAACCACACCCAAACCUGUGAUGAACUCCUCUUCUGUCGGUCCCUCUGUUCCUUCGUCUGCUGCUGCAUUUGAUGCAGGUGCCACUACCUCCACUCAUCCUCAGAAUUCUGCACAGGCAACCAUCCAUUCCACAGCUCCGCCUGGGCGUGAACUUCCCGAGAGAAGAAUUAAGCGUGUUGUUUCUCCUGUCAAACCAAGUGUUUCCAUUAAGGAGGAGGCACCUAAAGCCUCAUCGAGCGACUCAGAGGACAAGAGCACUACUUUCAAACAAACUACAGCACUUUUCCAUCCCAGCACCUUUUCAGUCAGCCUCGAUGAGACUUACAACUACCUGGCCCAUCACAUCAACUCAUAUUUCGGUAGCAGUACAAAGACUCAGGACAAGAAAGUGGACAAUGCUGACUGUUCCUCUGAUUCCGCUCAGGGUAAAAAAAACAAUGAACUUGUGCCAGUGCCAGAUAAAAGAGACUCUGCUGCUCCGGCUUCCCCUCCGUCCUCUAAAAAGGGAUUAGGACACUACCUGUCUUACUCAGCUCCCACUGUGCAAGCCUUUGUUGGCAGCUACAUCAGUCCCCUGGUCCCCAAGUUCAGGACGGGAGAGUCCAAGACUGCUGCAGUGGAGCAGAAGAAGCUUGAGGAUGCGUCAGCAAAACAGGUUGAAGCCACAAUGAGUAAGGAGCAGAAGGCUGCAGAGGAGAAAGCCAAGAAACUUCUACUUCAAAGGGAAAAGAUCAUUGCCAGGGUGAGUGUGGACAAUCGUACUCGGGCUCUGGUCCAGGCACUACACAGGGCGUCAGAUGUGAGGGUCUACAUCAACAGGGUGGAGGAUCUUAGCUACCAUCUCCUGGAGUUUCCAGAGACACGUGGUGUUGCUGUCAAGGAGAAGGUUAUCCCUUGCCUCCUGCGUCUGAUGCAGGCCAGUGACCCAGGCCUGAGGGCAGCAGUUGGACAAGCCCUUGUUCUUGUGGGCUACCAUAAACCCGUAAAAGGCCGUGGCAUAAGGAUCCUUACCAUAGAUGGAGGAGGUUUAAGGGGACUUCUGGCACUUCAGACUUUACAGCAGCUGGAAACCUUGACCGGCAAACCCAUUUACAAAAUGUUUGAUUACAUUUGUGGUGUCAGCACAGGUGCUAUCCUAGGGUUCAUGUUGGGUGUCUUCCAAAUCCCGCUGAACGAGUGUGACGAUAUUUACCGGAAGUUGGGCUCAGAUGUUUUCAAGCAGAAUCUCUUUGUUGGCACCGUGAAGAUGGGCUGGAACCAUGCUUUCUACGACAGUGAAGCCUGGGAGAAAAUCCUAAAAGAGAAAAUGGGUUCUCACCUCCUGGCGGAGACUUCCAGAAACCCAGAAUGCCCCAAGAUGGCAGCGGUGAGCACCAUUGUAAACCGGGGCAUUCCAUUGAGGGCAUACGUGUUCAGAAACUACAACCUGCUGCCUGGGGUGCGCUCACACUACCUGGGGGGCUGCAAUCACCAACUCUGGCAGGCGAUCCGAGCCACGUCAGCCGCCCCUGGCUAUUUCCAAGAGUUCACCUUGGGGAAUGAUCUCCACCAGGAUGGAGGUCUGCUGAUUAACAACCCCACAGCUUUGGCUAUCCACGAGUGCAAGUGUUUGUGGCCCAAUGUGCCCCUGGAGUGUGUGGUCUCACUCGGCACAGGUCGCUUAGCAAACCCCGGCUGGAACGGCUCCACCUACACAAGUCUCAAAACCAAACUCACCAACGUCAUCAGCAGCGCCACAGACACUGAGGAGACUCACGCCAUGCUCGACGCCUUCCUCCCUCCUGACACUUAUUUCCGCUUCAAUCCCUACAUGAGCGAAGAUAUUUCCAUGGAUGAGAAUCGAGAGGAGAAGCUCAACCUGCUGCUGGCUGAGGGCGUCCGCUACCUGGAGAGGAACGAGGAGAAGCUUAAAAAGGUGACUCGCAUCCUCACCAGGGAGAAAAGCUCCGUCCAGAGGAUGGCGGAGUGGGCACGGCUCAGGGCUGACAUGUAUAAUGGUCUGUCCUUUAACUCCUCGAAGCUGUAGAUUCAACACAGGCCACCUUUACCUCGCAUGUAAACUCUUCCCUUAUUCUAUAUUACCUAGAAUGUGUCUUUAUCACCAUGAUUCGUGUGCCAGAGUUGUUGACCUGUUGACCUAUGGCUUUAAAGAAUAUUGUGUAAAUGCACAAACUCACGCUACAUAAUUUGAUAGUUUUGGCAGAGAUAAAGCAUCUGUUUGCCAUUGUGGUUGGCAGCUUUCAAUGAAGAUGAGUCAAAUGACGUGUGGAUCUUGGAAAUCCCUGAAAAGGGGUUCACCAUCAGCCUUGCAGGUAAAUGAUGCUUGUAUGACUAAAGGAAUAGUUCGACAUUUCGGGCCAAUGUGUGUAUUCACAUCCUUGAGUUAGAUGACAAGAUCAAUGCUUAUGUCUGCACAGCGAGUAUGAAGCUGCUAGCUUAGCUUAGCACAAAGACUAGAAACGGGGUUAAACAGCUAGCCUGACUCCUAUCAUGAGCUGUUUCUGUCUUCCCAGUCAUGCUUAGCUAACCCAACUAGAUGCCAACUGCUUGUUUACAAAAAUGAGACUGGUAUUGAUCCUCUUCAUCUAACUUUCAGCAAGAAAGCAGCAUAUUUAGGAAAUUUGUAUAUUUCCUCAAAUGUGAACUAUUCCUUUUAAAAAGCAGAAUAGUUUUACAGUUGCGAACGUCCCCCCCCCCCCCCACAGGCUGUUUCAAGUCUGCACUUUUUAACCAUCGUCUGUCCUUUGAAUCAUUUGUUAAGAAAACAAAUAUAUCCUCAUAAACCUGUGUUUGUAUUUUCACAGUAAAAUAUGUAGAUAAUAAUGUGUUAUUGGAAAAAAUGUAUUUGUUCAGCUAAGCUGCCAACAUGUAACACUGUCAAACAGGAAUGUAAGGAAGGAUGUGAAAAAGAAAAAAACAUCUUAUAUUUGUUUAAUGUCUGAUCAAGGUUAAAUUGACAUUUCUCAGUUGUAAUGACAAAAAAUGGCACAUUUAACAAUACAGCAACGGGUCAAUUAUGUUUUGCAUAUUUAUAGCUGUAAUAUCUGUACAUUAGGGCCUUCUUUACUUUAUUACAUAUGUAAAUGCAUGUUAUAUUUAUAUUUUACGCUCAAAGACAAGUGUGAAAGUUGCAAAUAAUGACUCCAAUAUUUUCUUUAGUGAUUAUUAAUAAUGAUUAAAUAUGAAAAGCAUAUAUGUGUGUAUAUAUAUAUAUAUAUAUAUAUAUAUACAAAUGGAGCCUCAGUGUCACAAGGAUUUACUUUGCGUUAUUUUAGCCUCAAAGUGUUUAAGUUCAGUUGUUUCAAGCACUUUUAUCAUUGUGUGCUUGAUUGUAUAGUUUUAUGGGUUUCCCACAGGUUCUGCACAUUUUCUGCUCCGUCUUCACUCUGCCCUCUCUCCCUUUGAUGCCUCUUCUAAAAAGCCUCUUUCACCCUCUCUACCUUGAAGUGCUGCGUUUCUGUCCCCACUCUGCUGUACCGCAGUGUUUAUUUAAAUCAUACAGGUUUUAGCUGGCAGAACGACUUAAAAGAGAUCUCCUCUUAUUGAUUCGCCAUAGCUGAAAAUGAUCCUGUAAAAAAAAGGCACUGCAGAUGUUCAUGUCCAUGGUUAACCUGGUCAGGUACUGUAUAACUGCUCUCCGGGGGACCAGAGGUAAAAUGAACACAGAUAUUUGCCAGAUUAAUGUAAUUCUACUGUUCACUGUUGGCCCUGUGUAAAGACUGCCUGACAUUGUAUGUAAUUAAAACCCAUCACUGAAA